GUAACUUUAUUUCUUUGUCGCUUUAUUUCUUUGUAGGCUACUGAUAAACCUUCGGUAUUUAGACUUAGCACGAUGGAUGAAAAUGAUGCGGUUCCAUCGUCGCAAACUGUAAACGAGACACUUUUUAACGAGCUCCGUGGUCAAAUUAGGGCUUUACAGAGGCAGUUGCAACAAAAAGAAGACGUUAUUAAAGCCAUGACAUAUGACGGAACGUCAACUAAACCAGAUUACCAGAAGGCCAGUUCUGCCUCUCUCUGGGAUGAUGUAGUAGUUCGAGAACGCCUGGCCCACUUCCAGCAAACAACAGAGCAGUCACGGAGUGAGCUGGCCGUCCUGCAGGCCAAGCAUCAGAGCAUCCAAGCACAGCUGCAGGAAGCCCUGUCCAGGCUGGCGUCUCGGGACGCAGCGGUCCAAGAGCUGAGAGAGGAGCUGGAAAGAUACAAGGAGACAGGUGCCAGACAGGCCUCCCUGGUUGGUACCCUGAGGGAACGGCUGCAGGAUGCGGAGGACGAUGCUGGAGGCCUGGCUUCCUCGAGGCUCUGCCUGGAUGCUGCCCUGCAGGAAAUGGCCAAUGAGAACAGUGAGCUGAAGAGGAGGGUACUUGAGCUGGAGAGCCAAUCACAAGAGUGCCUUACUGGCUGGAACAAGACAAAGCAGGAGACUUCAGAAUCCAAAUGGGCAUACCAGGAGUUUUUGUCCAAACUCACUACCAGUUUGGCCAUGGAUCUUGGAGCAAGAAAAGACCCCCUGGAUUUUAUUGCAUCUCAGGUAGAUGCACUGUGUCAGCGGAGUGAGGGACAGACGGGACUGAUCCAUACCCUGGAGGAGAGCGUAGAGGCCCUGGAGGUGGAGUGCCGGGCCAGCAGGGAGACGGUGAUGAGGCUGGUAGCAGAAGUGAGCCGUGAGCGCAGUGUAGCCUCCACCUACUCCAAGGAGGUAGAGUCUCUGCAGCAGGAGCUCAAGAGCGCCUUGGUGGCCAAGAGGAAUGAGGAGAAGGAGAACCAGAGCCUUCAGAAAAGACUUAAUGCGAGCCAGCGGGUCCAAGCAGCCAGUAAGCAGGAACUGGACAGACUGGAGAAGCGUUCCCUUGAGCUGGACGGCCAUCUGCUGGGCACGCAGAUAGAAGCCCAGGGUUUGCAGGCCCGGGAACGGGCCUUCAGGGAGGAGCUGGUGAUGCUGCUGGGAGGCCAGCAUGCCACAGGGCCCCCGACAGAGGAGGACUUGCUGCAAUGGCUUAAGGAGAUGUGCAGCAGGGAGAAGAGCAGCAGAGAGGCCUUGCUGGAGCUAAAAGCGAAAUCUUCCGAGAUGGCAGAGAAGUUGGCUGAGCAGGAGCAACUCCACCAAGGGGCGCUGCAGAGAGCCCAGCUGGCCGAGCAGUAUGGCCAGGAGCUGGGUGCAAGGCUCCGGGGGCUGGAGACAGAGCUGCUGUCAGGGGAAGUGCUUCGGGAUGGGCUUCGACACAACCGACAGCAUUAUGAGUGCUUCAUGGAGCAGCUUUCAGAGAAGAUGAAACUGCGUGGGGUCACAGCUGACCUGGGCUUUGACAUGAGGCUGGAAGCCAUUCUGUCCCGUGCGGAACAGCUGGUCAAACAGGAAGGGGUGGCUUUGGUGGAAAGCAGGUCCUUGGCCCACAGCCUGCAACGGAAGCUGAAGGCACAGAAGGAACGGUUGGAGAGCAAGGAGCUGCAUGCGGACUUGCUGCGCAGGAAGGUGGCCCAGCUGGAGGAGGAAAAGAGCGCUCGAUCUGCUCUGGCUGUGGAGCGGGACGAUGCUCACCUGGCUACCAGAAAGCUGCAGAAGAAGACAGAGAGACUGCAGAAAGAGCUGGACUCCCUGCGCCAAUACAACACAGAACUCAAAGCUCAGCUCGCAGAUGCCCAUGGUCUUAAGAUUAUAGUCAUGGAGCAGAAGCAGACCAUCGCUGAACAGAGUAAGAGCCUUGGGGAGCUGGAGGAGGGGAAGGAGACGGCCGAGAAGAAGCUGACCACAGCGACAGCUGAUUUCCAAACCAAGAUCCACCAAGCCAUUGAGGAACAACAGCAGGCGCAGGUUCUGCUGCAGAGCCACUCCAGUGAGCUAAGAACCCUCAGGCAAAGCAUUUCUGAGCUGAACAAGACAGAGAGGCAGUUGACGAACUUUCGCAAGGCAGUGUCCAAAAUGGCUGGCCUCGACAUCAGCAUGCUGGCUGUCCCCGACUAUGAGAUCAUUAAGCGUUUGGAAUGGCUGCUUCACCCAUACAGCCACCACUACCACCCUCACCACCAUGCCUCAGAUGCCCCCUGUGCCUACCCACCCCAGAAACAUCACCAGAAGGACCCCACCACUGUUUCUGCUACCAUAGAGAAUGAUCCAAGUAUAGGCCUCAAAGCCCUGCCUGCUCCCGCUGAAGCUUCCCCCUAGAGCACAAGGACUGUUUCAUGCCAAGAUUUCAGUUUUGGAUGGACCAAAGUAAUUUUGGCUGGGUCCUU